GGUACUACUGCGGGGUCUCGUCAUCUUCCUCUGCCUCCUUCAUCUGUGUGUUCAAGACAUUCAGGAUGUGAACACUGUGUGUCUUGCUAAAAUGACCCAGUAUUUUUAUGACAAAGUUCAGCCAAAGACCAAAAAAGGAGCUGAUGCUCAGUAUGCAUUAUCAAUCUAUCUCCCACCGGCUCAUUGUGUAGAUAGAAAUGCUAAAAUCGAAAAGAAGUUUGACAAUGUACAAGCAGCACAAGUAAAAGCGCUUCUCAAUAACCAUACCAAAUGUGAACUUUGCACAGAGCCAAAAAAUGUCAUUGCUUCACGGACAGUUCUAACAAGUGAGAAUAAAGUAGAACAUUCUGAGCAUGUUCUGCUCUAUCCUGUAGGAAAGUCUCUCAUGGACAAACUUCUAGCAGAGGCAAGAGACCAAAGCUGUGUAGUGUUCUAUUCAUACAACUCACCUUGUGUGCAAACAUGCCUUCAGAGUGCAGACAAUAUUCUGGAAGGCCUUAGAAACUGGAUAAAUAAAAGAAAAGGCAAAAUGAAUGCCUUUGUUUUUCAAGAGAUCUGGCAGAAGGACAUGAUGGACAAGAAUCUCGAAACAGAAUUUAAAAAAAUUGAUGAAAUAGUGCCUCUUUAUCGGUGUAUGAGAAACAGAAAAGAGAUGGAAUGCCGGAAAUGUGUGGACAAUAAUUUUGUGGAUCCCUUCUGUCUGCCCAAAGAAAAAUAA